AUGAAUGUCGCAAGCAUGCGGUCCAGCAUGUCCUCUUACGGGGAUCCGAGGUACCUCUCCGCUGCCUAUCCCAGCGGCGCUGUCUCUGGCGUUCCAUCCAAGGUUCUCGUCGAUGGCUACCGUGGCACCUCGGAUCUGUCGACCGAUGACCGGUCCCAGUACAGCGGGUCGGGCAUGAUCCCCCCGAUCAGUAGUGCGCCCUCGAUCGACGUGACCGACCCGGUUUUGAUGCACCUGUUGACCGAAACCGCCAUCGGAGAUAGCACCGGAUAUGAGAUCCUUCCCUUUGAGACCGUCGAAGAGCUGAAACGAGAAUACGCCAUUCUGUCCAGUCGCGUGGAAGGCACCAAACGGAAACUUGCCCUAGAAACAAAACUCAGAGACGCAGCCCAGUCGCUCCGCCGAUUGCCCGGGCCUCAGACAAAUGGACACAUCAAUGGCGACAUGAACGGCAUGGCCGUCGACUCUGGCGAUGACGAAUUCGCUGUUAGUUCGCAAAAGUGCGAGGAUCUCGCUCAAGAACUGUGGUCCAUGGAACAGAGAUCGCAAACCAUCCACAAACAGCUUCUCGAGCAUACUGCCGGCAUUCUGCAAUUGACACAUCGAGGGUUGAAGAAAAAUAUCAAUCGGAACGGUAGCAUCAAUGGCGCCAACGGUGUAACGCGAGGAAGCGUAUUCGAGUUUGACGACCGCAGUCUGUACAAGUCUUUGGAUAACCUGGAUGAUGUCAAUCCCAGCGCUCUCCGUGAUGCCGAACAGAAGCUGGAGCAGCUCAAUGGACGCCUGCGUGAUAUGUUACUCCAACAAGAUGAUUACGGCGCGGAGCCCUUGCCACAAAAGUCGGGUGAAGAUGACGGGUCCCCGGCCUAUAUCCAGGCUCAUCUGGCGUAUCUUGAGAAUCAUUUGGACGCCCUCCAGACGAGGGACCAGACGAGGGACUUGCAAGGGAACGGGGUAGAUGCUGGAGCAGGUACCGGAGCAGGUGUGUCCUCUGUGGAAAUGGAGUCCCAAAUCAGCUCGCUCAACGGUCGACUGCAUAUGUUGCUGGGACAGGCUGGUUCCCAUCUGUCACCAACCUUGCCUCCUCCCCCGAGCCCCUCUGGGGAGUAUCUCCAUACUCACAUGGAUUAUUUGCGAUCCGGAUUCGACGACCUCCAGGCCCGCGUCGAGGGCCUACAGGAUCAGAAAACCAUUUUGACAACCCAAAUUCAACAACAAAGAGAACUGAACUCCAAGUCCGACGCCGAAAAGGAUGCCCAUGUGGGCGAUUUAACACGCCAGAUCAUCGAGGGCAGGAAAGAGUUUGAACUGUCUGAACGUGAGCUGCAAAGCGUGAGAGAUGAGUUAGAAUUGGUCACAGAGCAGCUCAAUGCGGUUAAAGAACAGAACAGUCUAGGACAACAGGCGACGGCGGGGUUGGAGAGCGAACGAAACGGUCGUUUACAGGCCGAAGCAGAAUUAGAAGCCGAACGAAACGCUCGUCUACAGGCUGAAGCUGAGCUAGAAGCUGGACGAAACGCUCGUUCACAGGCCGAAGCCGAGUUAGAAGCCGGACGAGACGCUCAUCUACAGGCCGCAGCCGAGUUAGAAGCCGAACGAAACGGCCGUCUACAGGCCGAAGCAGAAGCAAAACGCGUUCGAGACGAAAUGACCGAACUCGAAAGCGAAUUUGCCCGCGCUCAAACCGAGCUCACCGUGGUCAAAGCCGAGCUUGAUGGAGCAUACGGCACUCGCGCUGAGCGGGCAGCCGAAGCCGCAGCCAACCCUGCUCUUCAGAGAGAACUCGAUGGCCUGACCGCGAAGAACGUCAGCCUUGCAGAGGAAUUGGCAGCAGUACGAGCAGGACAAGCAAAUAGCGGCAACGGCGGCAGCGGCAACAAGGGCGAGCUUCAAAACCGCGUGGAAGCGCUCGAGAAAGAACUGCGAGACACGAUUGAAGACUACGAAGUAAUGACGAAAGCAAGCAUUGAAUUUGAAAAGGAGCGCGAAAAGUACGAGGGCUAUAUCGACAACCUGCGCGAUCGCUGCGAGCAGCUCGAGGCGCAACUGGGUGAUGAGCGCAUCACUUGGAUGGGCAUCAGCCAGCAGAUGGCUACGAGGGACGUUGCCACUGAGACGACGUCGACUAUGGUGUUGAAGAACGAAUUCAAGAAGAUGAUGCGUGAUACGAGGUCGGAGAAUAUGAAACUUCUCAGGGCCGAACAAGAAGAGCGCAAGAAACUCGAAGCACUGGUCCGAAGCCUCAAAAUGGAAACCACCAUGGGCAAAUCGAAUAUCAGUCAAACCCCUGUCUCCUAA